AUGGCUGGCAUUUCCCGAUCAGUCAAUCUUCUGCUGAAGAGUAGCAGAUCCUCCCUGCUGCGUCCUCGCGCCGUCAACCCCGUGCACCACGUUCUCUCCAGCGAGAGAUUUGCUGCCCGUACCUUCGCGACGGCCUUUGAGCGCACAAAGCCUCACGUCAACGUUGGUACAAUUGGUCACGUCGAUCAUGGAAAGACUACUUUGACUGCUGCCAUCACAAAGCGCCAGGCUUCUAAAGGCCUUGCCAACUUCCUCGAAUACGGUGCUAUCGAUAAGGCUCCCGAAGAGCGAAAGCGUGGUAUCACCAUCUCGACCGCUCACAUCGAGUACUCGACCGACAACCGUCACUAUGCCCACGUCGACUGCCCUGGUCACGCCGAUUACAUUAAGAACAUGAUUACUGGUGCCGCCAACAUGGAUGGCGCUGUCGUUGUCGUGGCCGCUUCAGACGGUCAGAUGCCCCAGACUCGUGAACAUUUGCUGCUCGCUCGUCAAGUCGGUGUCCAGAAGAUCGUCGUUUUCGUCAACAAGGUCGAUGCUGUGGAGGACCCUGAAAUGUUGGAGCUUGUUGAAUUAGAAAUGCGUGAGCUUUUGACUCAGUACGGAUUCGAGGGUGAAGAGACCCCUAUCAUUUUCGGCUCUGCUCUGUGUGCCUUGGAAGGCCGGAAGCCUGAGAUUGGUGAAACGAAGAUUGACGAGCUUUUGGAAGCCGUUGACACCUGGAUCCCCACCCCUCAGCGUGACCUUGAUAAGCCUUUCUUGAUGUCCGUGGAGGAAGUCUUCUCUAUCUCUGGACGUGGUACUGUCGCUUCUGGCCGUGUCGAACGUGGUGUUCUCAACAAGGAUUCCGAAGUUGAAAUUGUUGGUUACUCAAAGACCCCCGUCAAAACCAAGGUCACCGAUAUCGAGACCUUCAAGAAGUCCUGCGACCAAUCUCGUGCCGGAGACAACUCCGGUCUGCUUCUCCGUGGUAUCAAGCGUGACGAUGUUCGACGUGGAAUGGUUAUUGCUGCUCCCGGCAGCACUACGGCACAUGACAACUUCUUGGUUUCCAUGUACGUCUUGACCGAGGCUGAAGGUGGUCGUCGUACUGGUUUCGGAGCCAACUACCGUCCUCAGGCUUUCAUCCGUACUGCUGAUGAGGCCGCUACUCUUAGCUUCCCUGGUGACGAUCAGUCCAAGAUGGUCAUGCCUGGCGACAACGUCGAGAUGGUCUUGCAGACACACCGUCCCGUCGCUGCUGAAGCUGGCCAGCGCUUCAACAUCCGUGAAGGUGGCCGCACCGUCGCCACUGGUCUGAUCACCCGUGUUGUUGAAAACAAGAAGUAG